AUGACAUCCUGGUUCAGUAAUGAGACUACACGUCCAGCUUUCAACAGUAAACCAACGCCAUUGAUCAGCUUUGGCAGGCCAUUCCCAGAAAUAUGCCUCAAGCAAGUACAGGAACGUUUCAAAAGCUCGCGAGUAUACAUCAUAGCGUCCCGCUCUCUAUCCAACAAUACUUCAUCUCUUGAAGACCUCAGGUUAACUCUCGGAGACCUUGUUGCAGGCGUGCGUAUUGGCAUUUCGCCACAUACACCAAUACCGGAAAUCAUCGAUAUCCUCGCCGAGAUCAAGCUUUUGGACAUCGACUGUAUCGUGACUCUUGGAGCUGGGAGUAUUACCGACGGAGCAAAGCUUCUACGUUUUGCGAUGGCUAACGAUGCCUGGACGCGUGAGGACAUCGACACCCUCUGGGGCGGCAAAUCACAUAACCCAAAGAUGCGCAAGAUGUUGCACAAGCCGACAAUCCCUUUGAUCUGUAUACCGACUUCAUUGUCUGGUGGCGAGUAUCAGGCCAUCGCUGGAGCGACUGACGAGGAGACCAAAGCUAAGCUCACGUUCGAGCCCAAAACCGAUCCAGAUUUUGUCAUUCAAGAUCCUCAAUUAACUACUACAACUCCACAAAAGAUCUGGCUCAGUACUGGCAUCAGAGCUGUGGACCAUUGCGUUGAGACUUUGUGUUCACUACAAAGCGAUAAAGAUGGCGACGAAGCAGCGGCACGUGGCCUGGAACAGUUGAUACCCGGGCUGCUACGGUGCAAACAUGACCCGCAGGAUCUAGAUGCUCGCCAUCUCUGUCAAGCAGGUGUUGUAGAAGCCAUGCACGCAGUAUCUACCGGCGUACCCCUGGGUGCGAGCCAUGCUAUUGGGCAUCAGCUUGGCCCUUUGGGUGUUGGACAUCCAUUGUGUUGA